GCGCAGACGCCUGUGUUUGGCGGACAGGCGCCCCGGAGGCUCGGGGUGGACAGCAAUGGUCUGCAGGAGAGCCGAGGCCACGGGGGCUGCCAUGCCUUCCUCCGCCUCAGCGUCCGGCAGCUUCCUGCCGCCGCGUUCCGUGCUUCGGAGGCGGCGGAGGACGAGGAGGACGAGAGCAGCCCCAGCCGGGACGCUGGGGAUGUUCAGCAGCUGCUGUCCGAGGAAGGAGGGCUGAGGAGCCCCGCCCUGACCCAGGUGGGCUGCUUCCUAUCUGGCCUCCCCGGCGAAGAGAGCGCCAAGGCGCUGGAGACAGCCUUUGGCUGCCAAGUGUCAGCAGAGGUCAAGCGGGGGUCCCUGGAGUGCAGGUCAGCGUCCGACGGGAGUAAAGCCUGCUCCUCAGCGGCGGACACGACGGAGGUUUUGUACUGUCUCUGCGAGUCUCAGGACGAGCAGCUCGUGAAGGAUGCAGUGGCCCAGGUCAAGGAGAUUUCUGUUCACUUGACAAGUCCAUCUGAAGUGAUGCGGUCUUCUUUCUGCCUUAAACAUUGUCAGAACUUGGAGAAAGUUUCACUGCAGGUGGACAAGGGGAUAUUCCUGGAGAACGAUGCUGCGCUGAAGCCAGACACUCAGGCUGAGAG